CCGACAUCGUCCCUUCGUCCCCACGAGCAACCGAUAAUCCGCCGGCGUUGAGAUGUUGGUUUAUCAGGAUCUCCUAUCUGGCGACGAGCUCCUGUCGGAUUCAUUCACCUACAAGGAGCUCGAGAACGGCGUCCUGUGGGAGGUCGAGGGAAAGUGGGUCACCCAAGGUCCUGUUGAUGUGGACAUUGGUGCCAAUCCAUCCGCCGAGGGUGGUGAGGACGAAAGCGUUGAUGACACAGCUGUGAAGGUGGUUGAUAUUGUUGACACAUUCCGUCUACAGGAGCAACCUCCUUUUGACAAGAAAUCAUUUGUGUCUUACAUCAAAAAAUACAUCAAGAAUCUCACUGCUGUGUUGGAGCCAGAGAAAGCGGAUGAGUUCAAAAAGGGUGUCGAGGGUGCAACCAAGUUUCUCCUUAGCAAGCUGAAGGACCUCCAAUUUUUUGUUGGUGAGUCCAUGAAGGAUGAUGCGUCUGUGGUAUUCGCCUAUUACAAGGAUGGUGCCACUAAUCCGACAUUCCUCUAUUUCUCUCAUGGUCUUAAGGAGAUCAAGUGCUAGGCGUGCGGCGAAAUUAGUUACCCAUGUUGGGUACUAUCUAUGUACUAUUAUUAUAUCCAAAACUAUAGUUGUCCUGGCUGAAUUGAACUCAAAAGGGUUUGUUUGAGAAAAAAUUGUCCCAAGAUUGGAUUGCUUGUUAAAGCUCAAUAUUGUUAUUGAAGUGUUAUUGCUU